ACCAAUCACAUUUGGGCUGAUUCUUGUUAUUUGAUCCUUCACAUUCAAGGAAAUCGAAACCAAAAGUAAUUCCUUUUCUGAUAAGACGCUAUUUAAGAUUGCUGUUACCAAAGCUUACAAGUUCAAAUUGGAGAAUGAGUGGCUAUGAGGAGAGAGAGGAGGAGAAUGUUGUUCACUACCAGAACCAGAGAGAAGCAUCUCCAAAGCCCAGCCAUAUAUCUAUGAAGAGUGAUGGAUCCAUGGGAGAACCCCAUAACUUCAAUGAUGGAUCCAUGGGAGAACCCCAUAACUUCAAUGAUGGAUCCAUGGGAGAACCUCAUAACUUCAAUGAUGGAUCCAUAGGAGUACCCCAUAACUUUAGUGAUGAAACAAUGAAUUUUAACCUCAGAGAUGAUCAGCCUGGAGACCUUCAGGAGAAUUCUCACCAAACAGUAAUUAAUGAACUAGACAAAGUAAAAGAUCUACAUAAAACCAGCAUGAAGAACAAGUAUGAGAGCUUAUUUGAGGGAAUCAAACUUAAAGAGAAUCAAACCCUCCUGAACAGGAUCUAUACACAGCUCUACAUCAUAGAGGGAGAGAGAGAAGGAGUGAAUGAAGAACAUGAGGUUUUACAGAUGGAGAAAACACCCACAACAAAGAACUCACAUAACACUCAAAUCUUCUGCAAUGACAUUUUUAACUCCUUACCUGAGCCAGGAUGUGGUGAGAAAGACAAAAUAAAAGUUGUUCUUACUAAAGGCAUCGCAGGAAUUGGAAAAACCGUCUCUGUGCAGAAGUUUGUUUUGGACUGGGCUGAGGGAAAAGCCAAUCAGGAUAUAGAUUUCAUGUUUGUGCUUCCAUUUCGAGAUCUCAACUUGAUUGGAGAUCAUCAGUACAGUCUUCACAGACUUCUACUGGACUUUCAUUCUGAACUUAAAGAUCUGGACUCAAAGAUUUAUGAGGAGUGUAAAGUUGUGUUCAUCUUUGAUGGUCUGGAUGAAAGCAGAAUGACACUGAUGUUUAAAGACAGUGGGAAAGUUUCUGAUGUGACUGAGACUUCAUCAGUGAGUGUAUUGAUGUCGAACCUCAUGAAAGGAGAACUGCUUCCUUCUGCUCUCAUCUGGAUCACCACCAGACCAGCAGCAGCCAAUCAGAUCCCCUCCAAAUACAUCAACCGUCUGACAGAAAUUCAGGGAUUCAAUGAGCUUCAGAAGGAGGAGUAUUUCAGGAAGAGAAUCAGUGACGAGCAUCAAGCCAGCAGAAUCAUCUCACACAUCAGAAGAGCAAGAAGCCUCCACAUCAUGUGCCAUAUUCCUGUCUUCUGCUGGAUCUCAGCCACUGUGCUUCAAAAGCUCCUGAAAGAAGAUCAGAGAAAAGAAAUCCCUAAAACUCUGACUGAAAUGUACAUUCACUUCCUCCUGAUUCAGAUCAACAAGAAGAAUGAGAAGUAUGAAGAGAGAGAUCCAGAGAAACGCCUGCAGUCCAACAGAGAAGUGAUUGUAAAACUUGCUGAACUGGCUUUAAAACAACUGAUGAAGGGCAAUGUCAUGUUCUAUGAGGAAGACCUGAGAGAGAGUGGCAUAGACGUCACUGAUGCCUCAGUGUAUUCUGGGAUUUGCACUGAGAUCUUUAAGGAGGAAUCUGCGAUUCAUCAGAGGAAAGUCUACUGCUUCAUACAUCUGAGCAUUCAGGAGUUUCUCGCUGCAUUCUAUGUGUUUUACUGCCAUCUGACAAAGAACAUGGAGCCAUUGCAGUUGUUUCUGAAAGAUAAACAUGAGAAGUACAGCUCUAUGAAAAACAUGUCUGCACUACUAUCAUCAGCAGUCGAUAAAACCCUUCAGACUGAAAAUGGACAUCUGGAUCUUUUUCUGCGGUUCCUGCUGGGUGUCUCACUGGAGUCCAGUCAGAAACUCUUACAGGAUCUACUGACACACACAGAGAACAGCACAGAGAGCAUCAGAGAAACCACACAGUACAUUAAAGAUGAACUUAAAGGAAGUUACGGUCUAUCGGCUGACAGAUCCAUUAAUCUGUUCCUCUGUCUGCUGGAAGUGAAUGAUCAGACUCUGUACAGGGAGAUUCAGGAAUUUGUGAAAUCAGACAAACACUCAGAGAAGAAACUCUCUCCUGCUCACUGCUCAGCAAUUGCCUACAUGCUUCAGAUGUUAGAAGAGGUGCUGGAUGAGUUUGACCUCAUGAAAUACAACACAUCUGAUGAGGGUAGAUGGAGACUGAUACCAGCUGUGAUGAACUGCAGAAAAGCCCUACUUGUUGGAUGUGGUCUCUCUGAUCAGUGCUGUGAAAGUUUGUCUUCAGCUCUACAAUCAUCAAGUACCUAUUUGAGAGAGCUGGACCUGAGUAACAAUGACAUCCAGGAUUCAGGAGUGAGGCUGCUCUCCGUUGGACUGAUGAGUUCACAUUGUCAACUGAACAAACUGAGACUGGCAGGUUGUCGAUUGACUACUCAGUGCUGUGAAAGUUUGUCUUCAGCUCUAGAAUCGUCUAACUCACCUCUGAGAGAGUUGGACCUGAGUAACAAUGACCUGCAGGAUUCUGGAGUGAAUCUGCUCUCUACUGGACUGAAGAGUUCAAACUGUCAACUAAACAUACUGAGACUGGCCAUCUGUAAUCUCACUGCUCAGUGCUGUGAAAGUUUGUCUUCAGUUCUACAAUUAUUAAACUCUCAUCUGAGAGAGCUGGACCUGAGUAACAAUGCCUUGAUGGAUUCAGGAGUGAAGCUGCUCUCUUUUGGACUGAAGAUUUUGCAUUGUCAUCUGAACACACUUGGAUUGUCUGGCUGUAUGGUGACAGAAGAAGGCUGUGGUUAUCUGUCUUCAGCUCUGAGUUCAAACCCCUCACACCUGAGAGAGCUGGAUCUGAGCUACAAUUACCCAGGGGAUUCAGGAGUCAAGCUGCUCACUGAUAAACUCAACCAUCCAAAAUACCGACUAGAAAAACUCAAUGUGGAUCAUGGAGGAGAAUUCAGGAUUACAGCAGGACUACCCAAAUAUGCCUGUAAUCUCACACUGGAUCCAAACACAGUAAACAAUGAACUUGUUCUUUUUGAUGAGAACAAAAAGGUGAUAUGUUUGGAAGAGUAUCAGUCAUAUCCUGACCAUCCAGAGAGAUUUGAUGAGUGUCCUCAGGUUCUGUGUAGAGAGGGUCUGUCUGGACGCUGUUACUGGGAGGCUGAAUGGAGAGGAGAGGUUGAUGUAUCAGUGACAUAUAAAGGAAUCAACAGGAAAGGCUGGAGUGACUGUCAGUUUGGACUCAAUGAGUACUCCUGGAGUCUGAACUGCUCUGAUAACAGAUUCACUGUCUGGCACGAUAAAAAGUCAACUGACAUACGUGUCCCAUCAGGCUGCAUUAAAAGAGUUGGAGUGUAUGUGGAUAUGUCAGCCGGUACUCUGUCCUUCUACAGCGUCUCCGACACACACACACUCACACACUUACACACAUUCACCUCCCCAUUUACUGAGUCUCUCUAUGCUGGAUUUUGGGUUUAUCGUCGCAACUCCUCAGUGUCUCUGAGUUUGAAAAGCUUGUAAGCAAAAGCAGAGAUGUUGCACAUAAAUAAAUUAAAUACUUUAUACUUAAUACUUUAUACUAAAUACUUUAUAUUUUUAACACACAAAAACUCACACAAGUUGGGUUUCUGUGUUUUAUGGGGACUUUUCUAUAGACAUGAUUUUUUAUAUUGUACAAACUAUAUAUUUUAUCCCCUAACCCUAAACACAACCCUCUCAGAUGUCUUUUAUUGUAUUAAAACAAAACUUAACUUAGUAUGAUUUAUAAGAUGUUUUUCUCAUGGGGACUAAGGUGUCAUAACAAAAUCAAACAUUUCUAACCUUUUGGGGACAUUUUAUCCCCACAACGUAUGGGGAAUAACUGAAACGCACAUAUAAACUGAAUAAAUAUAUAAUAAUUCCACAUACACACUAGCUACAAUUGUACAUGUAUCUAGAAUUUGUAACAUUUCAAUGUAACAUUCUGAUGCAGUGCUCUUAAUCGUAUGUGUAAAUAUGAGAAUGUUAAAGUACUGAGCAGAACCAAAAAUUAUGAAUAUAUCGUACCACUCCUCAGGUCCUUGCACUGGCUUCCAGUUACAUUUAGAAUUGAUUUUAAGCACUGUUACUUAAGGUUAUGAUGGAAUUUUUUAAUUAAUCAUAACUAACAUUUCUUUUUCCUGGCAGGAAUAACAUUUAUAUGCUUUUGAAACCUAAAUGUCUUCAGACCUUGCAUGGGACUAAGUCAGUGUGUGUCUGAAUCAUGUCUAAAAAUAAGAAAAGUGACACUUAGGGACAGCUAGACAACUAUCUAAAUAUAAUAGCCCCAUGAUAUUGAGUAAUAACGAACUAAUAAACACAUGAUUUGGGCAGAUCUUGCUUUACCUAGUAACAUGAGGGUUUGACAUAAUGAAGAACCAGUCAUAUUGUAGAAUGCUUUACCAUGUUCCGAUCCUAUAUAAACUGUUGUGUUCUUGCUGGUGGGAUUCUCUUUGAUUGAUACGAUGUCCUACGGCCGUGAAUAAAGCUUAUUCUAAGGCA